GUCAACGUUCCCAAGACGCGAAGGACCUACUGCAAGGGCAAGACGUGCAAGAAGCACACCCCUCACAAGGUUACCCAGUACAAGACGGGCAAGGCUUCUCUGUUCGCUCAGGGCAAGAGGCGCUACGACCGAAAGCAGUCUGGUUACGGUGGACAGACCAAGCCCGUCUUCCACAAGAAGGCCAAGACCACGAAGAAGGUCGUCCUGCGUCUCGAGUGCACCGCCUGCAAGUACCGCUCGCACAUGGCCCUGAAGCGCUGCAAGCACUUCGAGCUGGGUGGUGACAAGAAGCAGAAGGGGUGA